AUCAUGGCCUUCAAGUGCAGCCAGACUCCUUUUCCGCCACUCUUCGCAUCCACGUGCGAAGAUCUUGUCGCCCUCCUCCUCGCUCCACGGCAAGUCCCUACUGGGAUCUACAAGCGCAUCAAGCCAGCUCACACGCCAAUCUACCCGUUGCGCUUCCAGCUUACUAUCAUGCGAAGCGCUUUGUGGCUCAGUAUUGACUUGCUGUUCUGCUCUGUGUGUCUCUAGGCACACUUGACUGGUUGUUGGAUCUGACGGGGACGCGGCUGCUAUUUCAGAUCGUUGAGUCGUGGUAGGCGAUAAUGGCAAAUCUUCUGACACGAUUGAUGUUGCAUCGCUCCUUAGUUCAGUGUAUAAUUGACCCUCGGAGUGGUCGAGCUGUUCUUGAAGGUCCCUCAUGUUGGCAAGCAGAGAACCGUAAUGUUUGAUAUGCAAAACGGUCCGACAGAGUGGUGAGUACAUGAGUUAUGGAAUGGCUGUGUUGGUUGUGAUCAUCUUCUCGAGGCAUCGGGGGCAUUUUGCUCUUCUAUGGCGUGAGUGCUCGCCUGCGAAGAGUGUCUCACGGUGGCGAGUGACAUGGCUCAGGCUGUCGCGUCUCGAGCGAGACACCUCCUAUGCAAGACAGUGACACCGUGAUCCAUGAUUUGAUGAAACCUCUCAUACCAUAUUGCGAGAGGGGAUACACAGCUUGUGUGACUUCACGGCGAUGUAGCCUUG